CCGAGUUCUACUAGAGACAGUAGACAGCUAGCUAUGUAGGUAUAUGGGUACGGAUGCAACCUAGCUUUAUACGCGACGCUGCCGUAGAACGAUAUCGACGACGAGUAUGAGCUAAUGUGUACACUAUAAGCAUAGAGGUAAGAAUGGAACGAACAUCGGCAGCAGACGAAAAAAAAACUGUUCAAAGUGGCCACUCAAAUUAGUCGCUAAACGUUGCUCGUCGCGAACAGUACUCCACCGAAGCAGAGUGUCAUCAGCAGCGGGUGUCUACGACCGCCAAUCGAACGCAACGGUGAUCUUCGGUGUCGUGGUGAUAAAUAGUUUCUGUGGAAUCUUUCGAAUCAACCAAACCGGCGUCGGUCUAUAGUAGUCAGUGUCGGGCUGGUGUAUCGAAUGUAAAGAUUGAAGAGCGUGCAGAGUAAAUUGAUUCCACAAUUUUGGAGCACUCUCGGUACAGUGUCAGUGGUGCAAGAAUUGGCGUGGAUAGCUGAAUCGUUCAAAGGCGCUUAUCAGAAAUCGUGAUAACGUUCUGUGACAAUUGAUAAAGAGAUUAUUUGUGUUACUUCGAAAGCGGGGCAUAUCGUAGUAAAGGCGCGAUGGAUCCCAGUAUUCUAGCAACCAUGGACCGUGACGCACUGAAGAAGCAGAUCGAGAACAUGAAGUACCAGGCUUCGAUGGAGCGGUGGCCAUUGUCAAAGAGCAUCGCAGCGAUGCGAGAAUACGUGGAGGAAAACGAGAAGAAUGACCCACUGAUCCACGCACCCGACAAGAAGAACAACCCGUGGGCGGAAAAGGGCAAAUGUGUCAUCAUGUAAAUACCAUCCAAACAGCGUCAGCUACUACUUCUACUACCACUACUACUACUAGUACUGCAACACAUCCACCCAUACAACCUUGUUCACCUACUUCCACACCUUCCACAGUACCACAACUACUACUACCACUACUACUAUAACUACUAGUAACUACAGCAGAUACUUGUUAAUAUUUUACCGCUAUUCGAGCAAACGUUUUUGAAGAAUCUUCUACGAAUCUGUAUUAGAAUAUUACUGGACAAAUUCCAAUCGUCCGUUUGAUGUCGUGCGUUUUGUUUUUGAUUAUGUUCAACUGUUUUGUUUUGCGUCCGUGUUUGGCUUACGUUUAGUGUUCGUAUCAAGCAGAGACAGUUAAAUGAUUUGAAAUAAAGAUACUCGAAAUUAAUGAUGAGAUUAUCGAAAAAUCUCAAGCAUGAUCUUGCAAAAAAACAAGCUUUGUUU